CGGUCACACCGGGGCGCGGCACCGCCGCAUUACGUACGUCUGUGCUUGCUUGCCUCUAGUCAAGCAAGAGGGGAGCACAGUUACCUCGCGCUUCGGAUGGCGUCAGCGGUCUCCAGGCAACAGGCCAACCGUCAGUCAGUCAGUCAGUCAGUGAGUCAGUGAGGUUCUCAAUCACGGCGGCAGCGGUCACGGUCCUCUCUCGGAUCCAGCGCACGUUUCUUCGGUUCAGUCUCACAGUCAUGUGAACGCAGCGCAGGAAACGGUUGGAUGUGUGCUGUAGAACAGAAUCGAACCCUCCGGUACACACUGAACCGGACACAUUGUCGGCAGAUCCGCGCGCGCUCCCGAGUUGUCUGAGGGAAUUUUACGCGGAUGGUAAAGACGCGUUGUCGCGAAUUUAGGUGGACUUUUGACGCUUUGUGCUUUGUGGAGAACUGUGUAGAAAUUCUGACUGACUUUGAAUUUAACGACACGGCGACUUUCCGACAGAAAAUGCUGAAAUUUCACAAUUCUGAUCUACGGAUUGCUUGGUUGUUCUUCUUUUGUGUCGACGUGUGUGUUCAGGCUCUGGAGGUGACAGUGAGUCAGAGCAGUGUUCAGGUGGCCAGAGGUCAGGCUGUCAUCUUGCCGUGUACGUUCACCACCAGUGCUGCUCUCAAUAAUCUCUACAUCAUAUGGAUGGUCACACCCCUCGCCAAUGCCAACCAACCAGAGCAGAUGCUCUUGAAAAGCCAAAUGAUGAACAGUAAGGCCAGUUUUCUUGUAAAGAUGCUCAAGCUGCUGACCAGAUACCUUGAGGAUACGAAAUUCAGGAGAAAACCAGGGAGAAGUGUGAUCAUCUAUCAGGGUGGGCAGGUCUUCAGUUUAGCCAAUCACAUGAAUGGGCGGGUGGGUUUUGUGUCCACUAUGCCCAGCACAAGUGCCUCAAUCUUCAUCAAUAACACACAACUGUCUGACACAGGAACGUAUCAGUGUCUGGUUAAUAACCUCCCGGACCGUGGGGGACGCAACAUAGGCGUCAUCGGCCUCACUGUUCUCGUUCCCCCGUCCACACCAUCCUGUGGUAUUCAGGGUUCACUGGAUGUGGGCAGUGAUGUCAUGCUGUUGUGUUCUUCAGAGGAGGGCAUCCCCACACCCACCUACUCCUGGGAAAAACUGGAGACAGUACCCAAACUUCCCCACAAUGCCAUGCAAGAUCAGAUGCAGGGAAGAGUCACACUGAGAAACAUCAGCAGCAGUUUGUCCGGUCUGUAUCAGUGCACUGCAUCAAAUGCCAUAGGAAAGAGCACAUGUGUCAUCAACCUGCAGGUUAUAACACCUCAGCCGCAGAGAGUGGGUCUGAUCGCCGGCACUAUCGCCACAGCUGUCCUGUCUGUGAUCAUCUGCUGUCUGCUGGUGCUACUCACUCUUUUCUACUGGAGAAACAAGAAGAAUUAUGAAGAAGAUGAAAUUCCUAAUGAGAUCAGGGAGGACGAUCUUCCGCCGAAAAGAUCUUCAUCGGUCAAGGCUUUCCACGCUGAUGCCUCGUCUUCAGAGAACGACACGCUGACCUCCACCAACACCUACAACAGCCGCUACUGGCACAACCCCAAACCAAACUACGACACCAACUCCUACACGCGCUACAAUGGUGACACGCGUCAGACCUUCACGGGCGGAGCCAACAUGAUGGGAAAUGUCCCCUCAUGCCCAACCUAUUGUAACGGCACCCACACCCUGCCCCCACCCAAGACUCUGGUGGUCACCACUAACUCCUCCCCACCCGUCAUUACUCGGAGUAAUGGCUCUCUGAGUCUGCGCCCCACCGUCGCCACGAUGCCCACAGCGACUCAUGGGCAACAACACACGCAUUCAUACGCCGUGAGUCAGGCCACGCUGGAGCGCAUGGGAGCAGUGCCUGUCAUGUUGCCCGCUCAGAGCAGAGCUGGAUCACUCGUUUGAUGACAAAAAUAAAAACACUGCAUAAAUCAAACUGUUUUAAAACCGAGUUCAGCUGAUGCCAACUUAAACUGAUCCACAACACAAUUAACACCCCUCACAUUUAACAUCAACUGUUUACUUGUUUAAGUCUUGAUAAUAAACAGGUUUGGCUGCAGCUCGAGUGACAAAUAAACUCUAAUGACAUGUUUCCUGAUCCCUGUCACCCUCAGAGAAGAUUUAUGAAUGUGCAUGAUACUUUGUUUUAUUAGAUCAACACAAACUUUUUUACUUCCGUUUUUACCGCUUUUUAACACUGGAAGUGUUGAUAAAUUUCAAUUAAGAAUUCUCUCUCUGAUGAAUUUCAGCUCACAGUGUUUGAUUGAGAAACUUCUAGAAUGCGAUGUUCGAUUUUGAAAUUUUGUUUUAGACGGAUGAGUUUCACUUCAUAACUUCACAAGAAUCAUCUCUAUUCACUUACAUCAAAGUGCUCCUCAUAUAUAUUUAAUUUCAAUUGUAAGAAAAGUCUUGGAUGUGUCUUAACAAUCAUGCAUCAACACUAGUGCUAGUCUACAGAUGAAACAGAUUUGUUAUCUUGUGAAUACUGGAGUUAAAUAUGGAGUCAGAGAAAGAGUAUGAAAUGAUCUAAAGAUCACAGUAAAUUCACUUCAGUCGAGUGCUGCUGUCACAGGAGAUACAUCAACAUUCUUCUCGCAAACAUAUUAACACUCACUCUUUAUUUUCUUUAGUUCAUGCUUAGUUUUUUUUAAUACUGUAAAUAAUUUCAUGACUUGUAGAAAAGAAUGUGAAUUAAAACAUUAUUUUGCCCAAAUCUCACUUUUGAUUUUUUAAAAUCAUCUUUUCAAAUAAAAAAGUGUUUGAAUAAUGAA